GUCAUGGUGCUCGAUCUGAAUUUAGCGGCAAUGAAGGAUGCGUUGGUCGAAUUGGAGACGGCUUGUUCGCAAGUCUUGCGGAGGGGAGGUCGCAGAUGCUGGUCAGAGGAACGAGGGUUAUUUAUAAACGGCAAAACCCACCUCGAAACACCCACCGCAAAUCGCAAGCAAACAUGGCCCGCCGCCCCUCAACCCCCCUCCUCCUCCUCACCCUCACCCUCCUAGUGACCCUCCUCGCCCUCGCAACCCCCACAUCCGCCACCCCGACCCACACCGGUCUCGAGACCCGCAACACCCUCGAACGCCGAAAGGGCUGCUACUCGUGCUGCAAGCGCUGCUACUGCCAAUGCAAUAAGGACGUCGAUGCGGGCCGGCUGGUGGCUAACCAGCCGAACUUGUAUGUGUUUUGCUCGGCGGAUAGGUGUAACAGCCAGUGCACGGCGUGGCAGGCGGCCAAGUUGUUCUUUUAUAUCUGCCCGAAGUAGGCGGCAGAUAGAACGUUCCUUCCCGAAAGACGGCAUCGCAUGUACAAACCCCCACUUCUGAUCUCAACUACCGACAUCGCGGCUGCAGCUACACCAUCGCAUUGAUAUCAACCCUCGCCAUAUGCAUGACGGUUAGGUAUCGACCAUAACGGCUGCAUUGC